UGGUGCCCCUCGCCUGGCUCUACAGCUCCCUCAGUCAACAACUUUCUGAGGUGCCUUUUCUUUUACAAGAGGAUGUCAGCUCCGAGCCCCGGCAAGGAAUAACAGACUUCACCUUGGAUUUGUUCACCCACUCCUGCUUCAUCAAAGAGGAUUUUGGAAAGAAAACCCCAGUCAAGUCCCCUUUCCAGCCCCACUUUGUUCCAGAAUUGAACAGAAACAGUUUCCUGUUCCAGUUCCAGAAAGACUUCGUUGCCAAGAGCCUGAAGGUUAAGGAAAAACAUCAGGAAGAAUUUCUGACUGACAACCUGAAUUCCAGGACCCAAUCACAGCCAUACAUAAGAAAAUAAUAUCAUCAAACAUUCAUGAAGUGAAUUACAAGGCCCUCAGCUCAGCACAUCUUCAUCCAACCCAUGGCAGACACUGCAUUUCCCGUUGUCAACUCCAGUGGGUGAUGACACCAUCUCUGCUGAAGGUAUCCGUUGAGUUUGCUGGGAAGCUUCUGAGACGCUGGGGAAGAAGGUAGGAAAUGGUUGCCCCAGUUCACCAACUGUGAAGACCUAGGAUCACACAACUACAGCUUUGAUUCUCCAAGUGUUUCAGGAUGUAAAUGUAGUCUGACCUUUCCCUGCUGGACAGCUAAAUCAUGGACACGCUAAACAAUUUAAUUUGGACUGUCCUUCCAAAAGAUGCUUUGGCUUCUCUCUCGAAUGCUCACUAAGCAUUUGUAGCUGACAAGGAAAAGGAAGAAAACUGUGAACUGGAAAGUUAUCUUACAAUGAAAAUUACGAGCACAUCUUGCAUCUGUCCAGUCCUCGUGUGUCUCUGUUUUGUGCAGAGGUGUUAUGGAACUGCUCAACACAGCUCCAUCAAGGGGACCAGAAACCAAACCAAACACAUCGAAGGUGAAACCGAAGUCCACCACCGUCCCAAAAGGGGAUGGGUUUGGAAUCAGUUCUUUGUUUUAGAAGAACACAUGGGACCAGAUCCACAAUAUGUUGGAAAACUGCACUCCAAUUCUGACAAAGGUGAUGGGUCUGUGAAGUACAUCCUUACUGGAGAAGGUGCUGGGACUAUAUUUAUCAUUGAUGAUACCACGGGUGACAUCCACUCAACAAAAAGCCUAGACAGAGAGCAGAAGACCCACUAUGUGCUUCAUGCUCAGGCUAUUGACAGACGAACAAACAAGCCCCUUGAACCUGAAUCUGAGUUUAUCAUCAAAGUGCAAGACAUCAAUGACAAUGCUCCGAAGUUCACAGAUGGACCAUAUAUCGUAACUGUGCCUGAAAUGUCAGAUAUGGGUACCUCUGUUCUACAGGUGACAGCCACUGAUGCAGAUGACCCUACCUAUGGAAACAGUGCUCGGGUGGUUUACAGCAUUCUCCAGGGACAGCCCUACUUCUCUGUAGACCCUAAAACAGGAGUUAUUAGAACUGCCUUACAUAAUAUGGACAGAGAAGCCAGAGAACAUUACUCAGUGGUCAUUCAAGCCAAAGACAUGGCUGGGCAAGUUGGAGGGCUGUCGGGAUCCACCACGGUCAACAUCACCCUGACAGAUGUCAAUGACAACCCCCCACGGUUUCCUCAAAAACACUAUCAGCUGUAUGUUCCUGAGUCAGCUCAAGUUGGUUCAGCUGUUGGGAAAAUCAAGGCAAAUGAUGCGGACACUGGUUCAAAUGCGGACAUGACAUACUCCAUCAUUAAUGGUGACGGUGUUGGGAUAUUCUCCAUCUCCACUGACAAAGAGACCAGAGAAGGGAUCCUUUCCUUAAAGAAGCCACUGAACUAUGAGAAAAAGAAGUCAUAUACCCUCAACAUAGAAGGAGCCAAUACACAUCUUGAUUUUCGCUUUUCUCACUUGGGUCCUUUUAAAGAUGCUACCAUGCUGAAGAUCAUUGUUGGGGAUGUAGAUGAACCACCACUAUUUUCCAUGCCUUCCUAUGUCAUGGAAGUCUAUGAAAAUGCCAAGAUUGGGACUGUUGUUGGCACAGUUUUGGCACAAGAUCCCGACAGUGCUAACAGCUUAGUAAGAUACUUUAUCGACUACAAUGCUGAAGAUGACAGGUUUUUCAACAUUGAUGCCAACACUGGAACCAUUAAGACUACCAAGGUUCUUGAUAGAGAAGAAACUCCAUGGUACAACAUCACAGUUGCUGCUUCAGAAAAUGACAAUCCGAGUUUGCUGAGCCAUGUCACAGUGGUUAUUAGAGUUCUGGAUGUCAAUGACAAUCCGCCUGAACUUGCCAGGGAAUAUGAUAUUGUUGUCUGUGAAAAUUCUAAGCCUGGCCAGGUUAUUCAUACCAUCAGUGCCACUGAUAAGGAUGAUUUUGCCAAUGGACAAAAGUUUAACUUCUUUCUUGAUGAACAUCUGUCUAUAAACCCAAACUUCACUCUGAAGGACAAUGAAGAUAACACAGCCAGCAUUCUGACAAGGCGGAGGAGAUUUAGUCGAACUAUUCAGGAUGUGUAUUACCUCCCCAUUAUGAUCUCUGACGGUGGAAUCCCCUCUCUCAGCAGCAGCAGUACCCUCACCAUCAGGGUUUGUGCGUGCGAGAGAGACGGGCGCGUGCGGACCUGCCGUGCAGAAGCCGUCCUGUCCUCGGCUGGCUUGAGCACAGGAGCCUUAAUCGCUAUUCUACUGUGCGUCGUUAUUCUCCUAGCAAUUGUAGUACUUUUCAUCACCCUGAGACGCAGCAAAAAAGAACCCCUGAUCAUUUCAGAGGAGGACGUGCGGGAGAACGUGGUCACCUAUGAUGACGAGGGGGGCGGCGAGGAAGACACCGAGGCCUUUGACAUCACAGCCUUGAGGAACCCGUCUGCUGCCGAGGAGCUCAAGCACCGGAGAGAUAUCAGGCCGGAAGUGAAACUCACCCCCAGGCACCAGACGUUUUCCACCCUGGAAAGUAUAGAUGUUCAGGAGUUUAUUAAGCAAAGACUGGCUGAAGCCGACCUGGACCCCAGCGUCCCGCCUUAUGACUCUCUGCAGACUUACGCCUACGAGGGUCAGAGAUCGGAAGCCGGGUCCAUCAGCUCGCUGGAUUCGGCUGCCACACAAUCAGACCAGGAUUAUCAGUACCUUGGAGACUGGGGACCCGAGUUUAAAAAGUUAGCUGAACUCUAUGGAGAAAUAGAAUCUGAAAGAACAACUUAGGGGGUCCAUUCUUGCAACCUUCUAGAAUUCGCUUCCUGAGCAAGUGGAGAUAUAACCUCAGCAAUGGCAAGGCAGAAGCUUGGAAACAGUACUAGGAACUGAGCAAGCAGAGCACAGCUGCUGUAGAAACAAGUGCCCUUUUCAUGAUCGAAACUGGGUUAUUUAAUCGGAAGAAAGUCAAAUUAAAAAAAAAAAAUACAGAGAAAAAGCUAUUGUUCCUUGUGUAUAUUUUCAAUUGCUCAAUAAAGUCUGUGUACUGUUUAAUGAAGAAUACCUGAAUUAAGCCAAACGAUGAUAUUUGUUUCAAUAUUUUGUGAUUUCUUUUCAAAAGCAAAAGUGAACAAGAGGUUUCCGAAUCACUCAUGACUCUGAUUUCUAGGGGUGGUACCCUGCAAAAUGAAACUGGUGAAGUUAAUCACGACCUCUUUUUCCACUGUUUUGGGUGGACUCUUGAGACCCACACCCUGUUUUUGUGACACAUCUCAUUAGCUUUGUCUUGUGUUGAAAUGACACGAGGUAUUUCCAAUAUACCAGGCCACUCUGUCAUGGACUUGUAUGUACCAUUUUCCUUUGCCCUCCCCGCUUCUUUUCUCCAUAUGAAACUGAUGGAGCACGGGGAUUUGCUGCUUGCGCUGUGAUGUAUGCAACUUCUGUGCACCAGUUGUGCACUGCUCUGAAUCACGGAGACUACUGUCUCUGUCCUGCCUGUCUCCCUUUAUUUUAACAGGAGAACCCCCUUUUUUAAGUGGCUAGAAUGAAUGUUUUAAGAUAUACUCAGAUCAUCUAUGUCAGGGAAAGAUUUAAUUAAAAAAAAACAAAACAAAACCUACAAACCUUAUCCUGCACAGAACACUGAGGAACUCUAUACGUUUUUUUCUCCAUUUGUUUUAGUGCAUUUACCUCAGCAAUUCUGAUCAUUCCUGUACCUAAAAUUGGUUGUCAAAUAUUUGAUGAUUGGUUUAUACUUGUCUAAUUUGCUUAUUUUUAACAUGGCAGUCAUUAAAAAAAUAAUGACGCGGUGGGGUGGAGAUGGUGGUGUGCUGAAUUGGGCGAUUGGGAUCGACAUGUAUACACUGAUGUGUAUAAAAUUGAUUACUGAUUAAAAAAAUUAUAAUAAUGAACCUCAUAUGAUACCUAUGUAGUCUGAAAAGACUAUCCUCCAACUUACAUGAUCUUCGUAGACUUAUGAUUGACUUGCCUUUAUUCCUCACAGAAGCUCAGACUUUCCCCAUCUCACUGAUUGAUUAGCCCUUUAUGUUUGAGACCCACAGAAAACGUGUAGGGCUAGGAGCAAAAAAAUAGGAGUUUCCCACUUAUUAUUCUCAGACACGUUCCUUAAAGUCACUUAGAGUCCCAAACUACAAAAUAGAGAUGGCAAAGACUUCCCUGCUUAACUUACAGGGUUAUGUGACGAUCGAUAAGCAUCUGUAAAAAUGUUUUGCCAACUGCAAAGUGUUCUGUUAUGUAAAGGCUGGCAGACACUAUCAUUUUCUAAUUCCAUUAGUCAUAAUUAUAGAGUUGCAUACAUUUUGAAUAAAAUACUAUAUUACCAUGGGAGAAUUUCAUGAAACCUUCAACAGUGAAGCAACUGCUAACUGGAAAUAUAAUAUGAAAGUUUAAUUCUUUUGAUAUUUUCCCAAAUAGGCUAAUUUUUUAAGAAUUUCUUGGGGUUUCCCCCCUAAAUUGCUUAGAUAACAUUUUGUUGUUGUUGAUAUUGGUCGUGAAAUAAAAAUUCAUAGCAUAACGAUCCUAGUCUCCAAAAAUGACCACAUUUAUGUAUUUUAGAUUAAUUGGAAUUUUGAAACCCCCAAAUUAAGAUUUAUUUUAAGGGGAAGUUUUGCCUUUGCUCUUUAAAUAUAUUAUAGUCUAGAGUCUUCAAAAGUUAUGCGACAUUUUCUGAUUCUACUGAUGUGCAAAAUUUUGAAUUUUGCCUCUGUUCACAACUGCCCUGUGCUAUUAUUUUUCAAUUUUGAGGUAUGGGAAGUAAGUAAAUUUAAUUUGAAUAUUUCUCAAUUUGUG